GAGAAUUAAUAAAAAACGAGAAAACCCCAAAACCGAGAUUGUACAAGCCCGUGUUGACUCAAUCAGCUGGACUAAGAUGGCGGCCGCAGCAAGACCCGGCUUUGUUGGUCAGCUCACCAAUGCCGUGAAGCGCUAUGUCUUCCGUGCAUCCGGAUUCAACCAAGUGGGCUUGUACCACGAUGACUGCCUGUUUGAGUCUGCCGAGGUGAAGGAGGCGCUCCGAAGGGUCCCUGCGCCUAUCCUCAACGACCGCACCUUCAGGAUGCAGCGCGCCCUCCACCUCUCCCUCACCAAGAAGAUCCUGCCCAAGGAGGAAUGGAUAUCCUAUGAGGAGGACAGGGAAAAGGGCCGUUACUUGCAGCCUUUCUUGGAUGAGGUGCUGAGGGAGAAGAAGGAGAAGGAGGAAUGGAACAAGAAGUAAAGCCCUCAAUAUCACCAUCGAUAAAUCUCCUCCCAUUAUUAUUGUCCUCCUACUCCUACCCAUGUUUCUUUUUUCUCCUCAGCCUUCUUUCUGGUUUGAAAUAAUUUAUUGAGACUGUAUCUCCUCUUUUUUCCUCUUACGACCAAAUAAUCUUAUUUUUUUCCAGAUUUUUUCUUAAUUUACUCUUUGCUUUUCUCUAAACUUUAAUCUCCUUUACCUUGAUUAAUUCUUCCCUUUGCUCAAGAAGAAUUACUUAUCUCAUUUGAUUUCAUCUAUCCUGUUCUUACUAAUUUACUCUACCUCUCUUCCUCCCUACCAGUUCUUUCAAUCUUCUUCCCUAUCUUUUUCUAGAUCAUUUUCAUCUUCCUUCUCUUCCUCUUCUUUCUGGAGGUCUGGGAGGCACUGUACAGUUCUGUAUGUUAGUGAGGUGAAGGCUGGCAUGGGUGGGGCUCCACUACAUGUUAGCUUCAAAAGUUUGUACUAUAUUGAUCCUGAGAGUAAGCCUGCGGACGUGUGAAUACUACAAAUAAACUGGUGAAGUGAA